CACCGAGGAAGAGGCCGGCCGGGCGUGGCAGCCGCCGGUCUGGUGCUGUCCGCCGUGCUUCCCGAGCCUGGUCCUCCUGUGCAUCAUGUUUCUGACCUUUGGGUCGUACUGGGUGUUCGACACGCCGGGCGCUAUCCAGAAGCAGCUGACAGAGUGGUUUGGCCCGUCGUACACGGAUGCGGACAACUUGAUGCUGUACUCUGUGUACUCGCUGCCAAACACGGUGCUCCCGUUCUUCUCGGGCUACCUCAUCGAUCGCGUGCUCGGCAUCCGGUUGGGCAUUGUGGUGUUCUGCGGACUCGUGCUUGUGGGUGAGACUAUUUUCUGCGUGGGCAUUAUGGCCAAGACGUACUGGGUGUGUGUGAUGGGCCGGUUUGUGUUUGGCCUCGGCGGCGAGUCGCUGACGGUGGCGCAGAACACCAUUACGGUGAUCUGGUUCCAGGGCCCGCAGCUUGCGCUGGCGUUUGCGUCGGUGGUUGCGUUUGCACGGAUUGGAUCGUCGGUCAACUUUGCGGUGACGCCGACGCUUGCCGACUCGUCUGUGCCGCUUGCGGUGUGGUUUGGGUGUGGCAUGUGCCUGCUCUCGUUUGCGUUUGCGUCGUCGCUCGCAGGGCUCGACUGGUUCGGGCGCGAGCGGAUUUUGCGGCGCGAUGCAGCGGCGGCCAAGGCUGCGACUGCCGGCACGGAGGCGCCUCGCGCUGAAGCUGGCGAGGGUGGGCGGAUCCAGGCUGGCGAGCCGUCGCCGGCGACGGCGCUGCUGAGCGGGAGCAAGGUGGUCGAGGAGGAGAGCGAGGACGAUGGCGAGACCAUUUCGUGGGCGCACAUCAAGGCCAUUCCGCUGCCUGCUUGGUUUAUCUUUAUCAUUUGCGCUUUCUUCUACGUUGGUGUGCUCACGUUUUACACAGUCGGCUCAAAGAUCAUGCAGGAGACCGGGCACAAGUACUCGUCGACGACGGCGACGCUCUUCCUUUCCAUCCCCAACUUUGUGUCGAUUGUGGCGUCACCGACGUUUGGCCGGCUGGUGGACAAGGUCGGGCGUGCGCUGUUCUGGAUCAUUCUUGCGUCGAUAAUGAUGAUCGGCGUCCACAUCAUGUUCCUCCUCAACGCGCUCGAGGUUGUCGAGAUCUCGCCGAUUCCGCUCAUGAUCUGGCUGGGUGUGUCGUACUCGAUGGGUGCGGCUUCACUCUGGCCCAUCCUCUCGCUGGUUGUGCCCGACUUUAUGCAGGGCACGGCGUACGGGAUCAUGACGGCGACCCAGAACUGCGCGCUCGCGUUCUUCCCUCUUCUCAUUGGCCAGCUGCAGGACAAGUACGCAGGCUCGAAGAAGCAGUACACCCUGCCGCUCAUGAUUUUUAUCGGCUGCGAGGUCAUGUCGCUCUUCCUCACAUUUAUCCUCAUCGGUCUCGACCGGAAGCUCACCGAGGGUCGCCUCAACAUGUCCGCCGCGGAACGCGACGUGCUUAACGAGCAGAACGAGAUCGCCGCCGCCGCCGCCGCGUCCAAGGUCGACCCGACGUCGCUUGUUGUCUCGCCGCGCUCGCGCACCAUCCGCGUCCCGGAUCCAGAGCACGACACUGUCCGCAUUGUGCCGAUGCGCAAGCCUAUCCGCGCCUCGUACCUGGCCCGCCUUGGCAUCCAUCGCCCCAUGAACAUGUAAACAACGUUGGGCCAGAA